GGCAAUUCCAAAGUCAUUCGCAAUUUCUCUACAGUGUACUACAGUGUAGAUUUCUAUAGAAGAAAAGACUCUUUAAAAGAGCAAAAUCGCAAGAUCAGGGUCAUCCCAACCACUCGCGCUCCAUUCGCCCGAACGGAAAUGCCGAGCUUCAAGAGAUCCACUUGUCAUGUCGACCCCAACUUUCAAGCUACGCUACCUAUUACUUCGUACAUCCCAGAUACGGACCGACUUCCUUUUACGAGACUCGACCCCCAUUGUUAAUCUUUACAAGAUAGAGAUAGAGCCUUUUGAAAGAUAGAAAGACUUCCUCUCCCUUCAUUCUUCAUCCUCGUCCUCUUCCUAAGUUGACUUUGGACUCGUCGCCUGAGCAAUUGCCGUUGCAUUUACCUCGGUCUAACGCCACCCUUGAACCAUCAAACAACACCAAAAAAAAUGACUUUGAUAGGUUCACAAGUCGCCGAGCACAACUCAAAAGAGUCGUGCUGGGUGAUCAUUCACGUAUAUAGUUCUGCGACUUGUGGAUUUCAACUCAGCAUUAGCUAACAAUUCUCCAGGGCAAAGCCUACGACGUUACAGAAUUUCUACCAGGUACAAUAACUUCCCGCCAUCUUCAUUCCAUCCUUUCUAACAUCUGCAAAAGAACACCCUGGCGGACCAAAGAUCAUUCUCAAAUAUGCCGUAGGAUACUCCCAAAUCACAAGGCUACAUCAUGAUUCUGACAAUUGCGCAGGGCAAAGAUGCGACCGAAGAGUUUGAUCCCAUCCAUCCCCCAGAUACACUCGAUAAAUACCUAGACAAAUCAAAACACAAGGGUCAGGUUGACAUGGGAACGGUAGAGAAGGAAGAGAAAGAAUUCGAUCCGGAUGAGCAGGCACGACAAGAGAGGAUUGCACGAAUGCCGGUAUUGGAACAAUGCUACAACUUGAUGGAUUUCGAGGCAGUGGCAAGGAAUGUCAUGAAGAAGACUGCGUGGGCAUACUAUUCUAGUGGUGCUGAUGAUGAAAUUGUGAGUGUUUAAAUUGACUACUUUGAUCUGGGGAAUUAUUCUGACCCGUCCAGACCAUGAGAGAAAACCAUACCGCCUUCCACAAAAUCUGGUUCCGACCUCGGAUUCUUGUCGAUGUCGAAAAGGUAGAUUUCAGCACCACCAUGUUGGGAACAAAAGUCGAUAUGCCAUUCUAUGUUACUGCAACUGCACUUGGAAAGUUGGGUCACCCUGAAGGAGAAGUACUUCUUACCAAGGCGGCGAAGAAACACAACGUUAUUCAGAUGAUUCCUACUUUAGCAUCAUGUUCUUUCGACGAAAUCAUGGAUGCGGCUGAAGCAGAUCAAGUCCAAUGGAUGCAGUUAUACGUCAACAAAGACCGAGAAAUCACCAAGAAAAUUGUCCAACAUGCUGAAAGUCGGGGUUGCAAAGGGCUUUUCAUUACCGUUGAUGCACCGCAACUUGGCCGACGAGAAAAGGAUAUGCGUUCCAAGUUUACCGAUGUAGGGACAAAUGUCCAAGCUGGAUCUACAACGGAUAACUCACAAGGAGCUGCAAGAGCAAUAAGCAGUUUCAUUGAUCCGGCCUUAAGUUGGAAGGACAUUCCUUGGUUUCUAUCUAUCACCAAGAUGCCUAUUAUUCUCAAGGGUGUUCAGAGAGUUGAAGAUGUCAUUCGUGCUGUUGAGGCCGGCGUUCAAGGUGUAGUUCUCUCGAAUCACGGAGGUCGGCAACUUGAUUUCGCACGAUCGGGUAUUGAAGUACUUGCAGAGGUCAUGCCCGUUCUUCGUGAGCGUGGCUGGGAGGAUAGAAUUGAGAUAUAUAUCGAUGGUGGUGUAAGACGUGCUACCGAUAUCAUCAAAGCUCUAUGUUUAGGUGCAAAGGGCGUUGGUAUCGGUAGACCGUUCUUAUACGCUAUGAGUGCUUAUGGACCUCCAGGUUUGGAUCGUGCUAUGCAGCUGUUGAAAGAUGAGAUGGAGAUGAACAUGCGGUUGAUUGGCUGUAAUAGUGUUGAUCAGCUAAACCCGACCUUGGUAGACACAAGAGGUUUGAGUAUGCAUACUACGAAUGUGCCGGUUGACAAUCUGGUAAGUACAGCUUUCUAUCCAUUCACAAAAUCCUACAAUUCCCAAAAGUGAUAACUAACAUAUUCGCGUAGGGAAUGGCUGUAUAUGAUCCUUUGAUCAACCCGAGGGAGAAGGCCAAAUUGUAAAUUAUCUCGUCCACCUCUUAGGACAUUUAGAGGACAGAGACUGUUGUAUAUACUACAUGAGAAUAUUAAAGAC